UCGCCAUAAACCCCAAAGAAGAAUGAAGCUGGCUUCAUCUCCAUCAAUUUCUUUGUUUUAAUCUACCCAAUUGUUGUCUACUUUUAUUUUGUUAUUUUUUAUCUGUCGGCCUAUGAGGCAAUUCAASUUUUAGCUGUGAAUGUGUAGCCUACCAGAUUAAAUUAAUCAAUAAAACUCAUAUCUUUCUAUCUCAGCUGACUAUUGUCAGUCAACCACACGUACUGAACAAUGUACCCCAACUCGUUGACACACUUGGCGCGGGCGAACCCCUUCAGCGCCCCGCUGUUCACGCUACAAAAAGUCGAGGAACCAUCACAAAGCCUUGUUGCGGAACAUGGACUUAGCAAACGCACGCUGGCCGCCGCUGCAGUUGCGGAUUCUGAUAUUAGCUGCGAGUUUGGCUCUAUGAAAUACUAUGCCUUGUGCGGCUUCGGUGGCAUCCUCAGCUGUGGGAUUACACACACGGCAGUCGUACCCCUCGACCUGGUCAAGUGCCGUCUGCAGGUGGACCCAGACAAGUACAAGAGCAUCUUCAAGGGCUUCUCCAUCACCAUAAAGGAGGAUGGCAUGCGGGGGCUGGCUAAGGGCUGGGCUCCUACUUUCAUYGGCUACUCCAUGCAGGGUCUCUGCAAGUUUGGCUUCUAUGAAAUGUUCAAGAUCACCUACAGCGACUUUAUCGGAGAGGAAAACACCUAUCUGUGGAGGACCUCYCUCUACCUGGCUGCAUCUGCCAGUGCUGAGUUCUUUGCUGACAUCGCCCUGGCCCCUAUGGAGGCGUGUAAAGUACGUAUCCAGACCUGCCCCGGCUACGCCAGCAACCUCAGACAGUGUGCCCCCAAGAUGUUCGCAGAGGAGGGCCUCUGGGCUUUCUACAAGGGUGUGGUACCUCUGUGGAUGAGGCAGAUCCCCUACACCAUGAUGAAGUUUGCCUGCUUUGAGAGGACCGUAGAGCUGCUGUACAAACAUGUGGUCCCCAAGCCCCGUGCUGAAUGCUCCAAGUCUGAACAGCUGGUCGUCACCUUCGUGGCUGGAUAUAUCGCCGGUGUGUUCUGUGCCAUUGUGUCUCACCCUGCUGACUCUGUGGUGUCUGUACUGAACAAGGAGAGUGGCAGCAGCGCCAUCGGAGUACUCAAGAAGCUCGGACCCAAGGGUGUGUGGAAGGGUCUGGUGGCCCGUAUCAUCAUGAUCGGUACCCUGACCGCCCUGCAGUGGUUCAUCUACGACUCUGUGAAGGUCUACUUCCGCCUGCCCCGUCCCCCUCCCCCAGAGAUGCCCGAGUCCCUCAAGAAGAAGCUGGGCCUCACCGAGUAACGAAACAAAUAUCGGCUUUAUCAACAAAUAGCAAUUCAAAAUGGCAGCCUUAUCAACAGCCAUAUAAGAUGUAAGACAGCGGCCUUGUCAAACGCAUCCUUCAGUUAACAACCGCCUAGCACACGGCUCUCUCUACCUGCUAUAGUCAUAGCUGUCCUGCCUGUAGCCCACCUACCCUGGGCUGGGCUACUGAUCAGCAGGCUUGGGGUUGAUUCAAUUUUAAUUUCUUGUCAGUUCUAGAAGUAAAUUCUAAUUUUAAAUGCACAUUUUCUUAAUUGAAUGCAAGGUAAUUGGAAUUUCAGUUUACUUCCUGAAUUGAUUGAAUAGAAAUUUAAUUAUCCCCAGCCCAACUGGUCAUUGGUAAUGACACAUUAGGCAUACUUAAAGAUAAGAGGGAAGAUGGUUCCCCCCUGUGGGGGUAUAGAGGAAAGACUACGACAUGAAUGCAAUCAGGUUUUAACACCCCACCAUAGUUGGUUAAUGUUCUAAUAAAUGUGGAAACAACAGUG